GAGCUAGGUGGACCCAGAACCUGACUUGCGUCCGUCGGAACAACACUCUCUGAUCUCGUGCACCUCCCGUCAGCCGCCCAGCCACCCCCAAAAUGAGCUCCUACAAGCUGCCCGACGAAGUCGGCAAACUCCAUUUUCAAGAUUUACUUCCGGUUAACCCUGAUGGGCUGGACAACACCCGUAUUUUUCUGGCCAAGCUGAACGAGCUGCUCGCCGAUUUCGUGCGGGACACGAGCGAUCGAAAUGAAAAGGUGCUGCACUUCAAGUUCCCUGAAGACAUGAAGGCCUCGUUGGACCUCGAAUUGACCGACCAGCCCGUCAAUCUGCAGCAGCUGCUGGACGACUGCAGUUCUACAUUGAAGAAUCAAGUCAAGACCGGUCACCCUCACUUCUUCAACCAGCUGUCCUGCGGGCUGGACCUGAUUUCGAUGGCCGGCGAGUGGCUGACGGCGACGGCCAACACCAACAUGUUCACCUACGAGAUCGCUCCGGUGUUCAUCCUGAUGGAAAAGGUGGUGUUGGCCCGCAUGCGCGAGAUCAUCGGCUGGCAGGGAGGAGACAGCAUCCUCGCACCCGGCGGCUCCAUCUCCAAUCUGUACGCGUUCCUCGCCGCCCGCCACAAGAAGUUCCCGCAGUACAAGGACAAGGGCUUGUCCGCCGUGCCGGGCCAACUGGUCAUGUUCACCUCUGACCAGUGCCACUAUUCCAUCAAGAGCUGCGCGGCCGUCUGCGGCCUCGGAGUGGAUCACUGCGUCGAAGUACCGUCCGACGAACGAGGCCGUCUGAUUCCUGCAGAGCUGGAGCGGUUGAUUUUGGAGCGCAAGGGUAAAGGCCACAUUCCCUUCUUCGUGAACGCCACCUCAGGAACCACCGUGCUGGGCGCUUUUGACCCCAUCGACGAAAUCGCUGACAUUUGCGAAAAAUACAACUGCUGGCUGCACAUAGAUGCGGCCUGGGGCGGAGGUUUGCUGCUGUCGAAGAAAUAUCGCCACCCUCGCUUCACCGGCGUAGAAAGGGCUGACUCUGUCACAUGGAAUCCUCACAAACUCAUGGGAGCCUUGCUGCAGUGCUCAACUAUCCACUUCAAAGAUGAGGGUCUUCUGCUGAGCUGUAACCAGAUGAGUGCCGACUACCUGUUCAUGCAGGACAAGCUGUAUGACGUCAACUACGACACCGGAGACAAGGUCAUCCAGUGCGGUCGCCACAAUGACAUUUUCAAGCUGUGGCUGCAGUGGCGUUCGAAGGGCACGCAAGGUUUUGAACAACUGAUGGACCAUCUGAUGGGCUUGUCCGAGUACAUGGUGGAAAGGAUGAGGCAAAUGCCGGACAAAUUCUAUCUCGUCCUGCCCGAGCCCGAGUGCGUCAACGUCAGCUUCUGGUACAUCCCGACCCGCCUGCGCAACAUGCCCCACGGCCCUGAGAGGGAAAAGAUUUUGGGACAGAUCUGCCCCAUCCUGAAGGGACGCAUGAUGCAGUCCGGCACCCUGAUGGUCGGCUAUCAGCCCGACGACCGCCGACCCAACUUCUUCCGCAACAUCAUUUCGAACGGCGCCUGCAGGAAAGAGGACGUCGACUUCCUUCUGGACGAGUUCGACCGGCUGGGACACGACUUGUAAAGUACCAAACCCGUUUCAACCCUCUAAAAUUAAGUUGGUCUUUGUCACAUUUCGUUUCGAGUCGGUGAUGAAAAAUUAGGUUGCCUUACGAGAUAAACGAGUUAGAGGUGAAAGAUGAAAAUACGCAAAAAAAACUGAUUUCGUCCUGAGUUGCGCAGAUAUAUGAAUUAUUUUUCGAGUUAAAAAUAUGCCAACCCCCUGGCUAGGGGUGAGAGAGAUUCAUAUUACUAAUGGGAGUAACUAAAGCAUUGUUAUUAUAUACAAAUGGGUUAUUUGAGGAGUUUAGAGGUCGCAAUCGAUAAAUAUAUACCAUAUACACAAAUAUAUAUAUUCACUGUUGGUCGCCGAUGCAAAGUCGGCAGAAUAAUCGCGUGUAUUCUGAAAUCAACUUUUAGGAAUUGUACAUGAAAUGCGUCAAGUAUAAUUAUUCUUCACACGUAAUCCUCGUUGCAUUAGCUGUUUCAAAAAUUAGGUGUUGACAUUUAACGAAUUCGGUUCCCAAACACGACCUCUUGCGGAAAAGAGUCGGUUGAAUUUAUUUCAAGGCGAAAAAUAAAAAAAAAUGGAUGUGCGAGGGUUGUUAUCAUUUAACACGAUCGAAUUUACGUUUGCAUGGGGUUUGUUACAAGCAGCCUAAUAUUAAGGUGACUCUCUUACAUGUAUCCCCCGUAUCAGUUACCACAAUUAGCCAUGUUUCUAAAAAUGAAAUAGUGUAGAAUUGCAAUAACAAGAAGCCGCUUGGGCAGGGCGGCCGUAGACAGAGCAAGGGGAUAAGGUUGUGACGUGAAAGGCUCGCACGCUUCAUCCAGUUGCACUUCAAAACUUAAUUUAUGUUUUAAUUCUUUUCAAAAAAAAGUCCCUAUUUUUUUUAUCUGUACUAAAGAAAUGUUUUAAUUUUUUUAAAUGGAAUCUUUCGGAAUCUUUGAAAAUAAUUUGAUUGCAUUAAAAGUUGCGAGACAGAUGCCUUGCGAUUAGGAGAACCCCAAGUGAGGUAUGAGGUAGCUUUCUUUCUAAACGCGAGAAUCUUUUGAUCGAUGACUUUGAUCUCCUUACUGCCUGCGUCCGACGUGUGUACAUAUAACAAGCACUUCGAGCAAACUAUAUUUAAUUAUUUUAUUCAUUGUUAUCCCAUGUCCAGGCGAUUUUGGGAGUUGGAACGAAUUUUAAAUAAGAAGCUGAAAGCCAAAGAUCCACGAAAAAAAUAGACACCUUUGAGAUUAAAAUCUUUAUCUACGAUGGAAAUAUUUUUCGCGGAAAAACUCCUUAUUUUUGGGUUUAUCGUGUAUUAUUAUUGAAAAUAUUUGUAAUUUUUGACCAACAAAGUCAAAAACACCCACACUGCUGUACUGACAAUAUCUUGGAUAUGUAAAAUCUACUUAGGAAAAGCCAAGCUGUAUUAUGAGAAAGGCAAAAAUGACAAACACAGUAUGCUCUUAGAGGGACUGAUUGAAAAUAUAAAAAUGGAAAACCACUAUCACAGGUCGUUCAGUUUACAACAAACUCUUGGUAGUGCCAUCGAAAUCAGUGUUAGGGCGCGUAAUUAAGUAAGUGUUUACUUUGAUUGCUCUCUCAUACCACGGCUUGUUUUUCGUUGUUUUAAUGCGAGGUGAAUGAAUGUGCCAAAUUAAAUUGCAAAAUUCGCGGACAGCCAAGGUAAAUUGGGUUAAAACAAAAAUUGGCGAUUAAAUUUUCAAAAAAAAAUACGUCCCAGAUACCGUGGCCAAAGCGAAUGCGCGUGUAAAUGCAAUAUUUAAAUGAUAAGUGUCGCCGGUAAGAGUAAAGUAAAUAAUUAAACACUGCCUCUAGACGGUUAUAAAUUAACAUAAAUGUAUUUGCUGUGAUAACGCAAGAGACGAGAAAUUAUUUUCUAGCGAAGAAAAAAAUAAGAGAAAUCGGCCAAAAUUCAAUUGAAAUACCAGCAUAUCCACAUCUUUAUUGAUUGUAUCUGAAAACUAUAUCCUUGUUUCCGAGUAUUUUACGGUAGCGCCGGUCGGCGCUACUCAAAAUGACACGAUAGUGAUCUAAAACGCAGCCUUGGUGCGACUCACCUCGGCGUGGAACUUUGAGAUGCUGGCCCCAGUGCUGAACUCAUCGAUUUCAAACCCAGUAGUUAUAAUAAAAAUUAAAUCCUAGUCGAGAUAUAAUAGAAACAAAUUUCUCGUGAGCUCGGAUAAUUUAUUGCCGAGUCGAGAUUUUUUUUGUUCCCAUUUUUUCUAUAGUGCAAUCAUUUUGUUCAACGCUUAUGUGAUUUAAACGAACUGAAUUGUCGAGAUCUCGCAAGCAAUUUAAAAACAACAAAUCACAAAUGUCUUCCAAAAAACUCAAUUAAGAAAAGGAGUGGCCGCGUCUUGACAACUCGCGCUUUUACGAGGCGCGGGCUGAAAAGUGUAGACGCGGAAUUACCAUCAAAUGUGAAAAUUGCUGUUGUAAAUACUUAAUAUAUGUAACGGUUCUGUGUUAGUGCUAUGCAUGAAAACAAAAAAAAAUCACAAAACAUCCGAGGUUGGCUUUGAGAACGAAAUUUUGCCGACCUCGGGGGCCAAAAGAUGUUAAUAUAGUUGUGCAUUACAUCUUGUUGACGAAACAUGUGUAGUUGAUAUUUGAGUGUUAAAAAAAUGUUGGUGUAAAAUUAUCACACAAAAAAAAUGGCUGUAGAUUUUAGCACAAACAAAAUCGUGGUUGAGGAAAAAUGUGUAAAAUAAGACUUUGUAAAAAGCGGGCAAAAGUUGAAGAGACAAACAACGUUGCAAAAACCUUGGAGUGUUAGUUUGAAGCAUACUCAUCACAAAUUAUUGACGUGACAAAUUAUUCUUAGUUUUUAUCAUGAUCGAAAAAUACAGCAAAACUAUAACUUGACGCGUCGCUCUAUUGAUCAGAAAUGUUUUAUUAAAAUUUUAAGCAGAGAACACUGAAGGUUUGCUCAUCGUUAUCUGUUUGAGUGGAAUGACGAAAAUUGGCAAUACAUCAAAAAUUCUUACUUCUUGAUAGCUCAACAAAUUUCCAUUCUCCUUUCAGCUCUUCUUAAUUUGUGCAAAAAAAUUGAACACAAAGUUUGAUUUUUUUCUACAAAAAUUGAAAAUAUCCUUUUUUAAUUUGUAAAAAUUUUAACUGAAAAAUUCUCAUUUCUGCACAAAUUUUAUUAUGCACAUUACUCACUUAACGCACUCAAUAACUUCUGCACCAAUUUCUCAUGCACGUCGCACUAUAUUUAAAUAAAAGAUAUUAUUUUCAUAUAAUUUAUGCACACACUUAUAAUGCACUUUUCUCACUUCCUACCCUGAAUUUUAAAUGCACACUUAACUCAUUUUUCCUCUUUUUUCAGCACAAAAAUUAAAUAUUAUAUGAAUGCACAUUACAAUUUUUUUGUUUAAAGCACAAAUUGCUAAUCAUUUUCUUUUAAUGCACUCUAUAAAUUAAUUAUUUGAAGUUUUACAAUGCACUUGAGCACUAAAUGUCUUCCCCAUGCACCACACUUGCACCUUUAUUGUUAAAUUAUGCACACUCACAACCAUUAUAAUGCACUGUACUAUAUGUAACCUGUACUGACCCAUGAAUGUUGCACACUUUUCGCACACCAAACGCACCAAUAUUAAAUUUUGCACACAACUGCACAAAUGGCACUUAACCUGUACCACUGUAUUCUUGGUUUUGGUUUCCUUGAAAUUAGCAACAGCAAAAGUGUUGGUAAAACGAAAUAACGAUUUCUACAUUCUGGUGUAGGUAAAACGCACUAUAUUGUAAAGUCCCAAGCCCACCUAAUGGUGUAGAGCAAAAUAACUGCUGUACCACUUGUUAGAAAGUCUGACAAAAUGAGUAAUCUAUAUUGCUGCUGGCGUGAAUAAAUACAACCAAAAU